GAGCGGAGCUCAGGCCUCGCGCUCAUUUUCUCCUGGCAGGUCAGCUGCUGUGUGUUUCAGUCUGAAGCCGUUGGCUGCUACUGAACCGUUUGGCUCUUUUCUCUACUAGCGAGCAAACCUACACUCAGACCCAACUGUACAUCCAGCUCAUCUUUAAGGGGAUUUAUCACUACAUAUGACCAAACAUCCUAAACACAUCGCUCACUGGGGAUUUUAAGCAGCGGUUGGCCGCGCGUGAGGGCCGUAAUAACGCUUUUUUGAGGUGAAAUCAGAGGUAGAAAAGCAGCGGUGGUGGAGGAGAUUCCAUAUUAACAGCACGGAGCAGAAGGCACCCCCUUGUGUGACUUGGAGCCUUUUGAUUCUGAGCCUAUGGUCCAAACCCUGGACUGAACAUCCUUCAGGUUCCUACAGACUGUGGCUCGAUGUGUGCGUGCUGACCUCAUGGUGUAACGGGAUUAAAGAUGAGCAUUAGCAGUGAUGAGGUCAACUUCCUGGUCUACAGAUACCUACAGGAGUCAGGAUUCUCCCACUCAGCUUUUACCUUCGGCAUAGAGAGCCACAUCAGUCAGUCCAACAUCAACGGUGCUCUGGUUCCCCCUGCUGCCCUCAUCAGCAUCAUUCAGAAGGGCCUGCAGUAUGUGGAGGCGGAAGUCAGCAUCAACGAGGACGGCACGCUGUUUGACGGGCGGCCCAUCGAGUCCCUGUCCCUCAUCGACGCCGUGAUGCCGGACGUCGUGCAGACGAGGCAGCAGGCCUACAGAGACAAAAUGGCUCAGCAGCAAGCUGCAGCUUCAGCACCGGCGUCGGCCGCAGGAGGCAGCCUCGCCGGGAACACCAAGAACGGAGAGAAUACUGCCAACGGAGAGGAGAAUGGAGCCCAUGCCUUAGCAAACAACCAUGCAGACCUGAUGGAGGUAGAUGGAGAUGUAGAGAUCCCUCAGAACAAGGCCAUGGUCCUGAGGGGCCACGAGUCGGAGGUUUUCAUUUGUGCCUGGAAUCCAGUGAGCGAUCUGCUGGCGUCAGGGUCUGGCGACUCGACGGCUCGUAUCUGGAACCUGAGUGAGAACAGUACGAGCAGUUCCACACAGCUGGUCCUGAGGCACUGCAUAAGGGAGGGAGGACAGGACGUCCCCAGCAACAAAGAUGUCACCUCACUGGACUGGAAUAGUGAAGGCACGCUGUUAGCAACAGGCUCGUAUGACGGCUUUGCCAGAAUAUGGACGAAAGACGGUAAUCUGGCCAGUACGCUCGGACAACACAAAGGUCCCAUCUUUGCCCUGAAAUGGAAUAAAAAAGGCAAUUUUAUCCUGAGUGCAGGGGUAGACAAGACAACAAUCAUAUGGGACGCUCACACAGGAGAAGCCAAGCAACAGUUUCCCUUCCAUUCAGCUCCGGCGUUAGACGUGGACUGGCAGAGCAACAACACGUUUGCUUCAUGUAGUACGGACAUGUGCAUCCACGUCUGUAAACUGGGACAGGACAGACCCAUAAAGACAUUCCAGGGACACACAAAUGAAGUAAAUGCAAUCAAGUGGGACCCCAUGGGGAACCUGUUAGCCUCCUGCUCAGAUGACAUGACGUUGAAGAUCUGGAGUAUGAAGCAGGACUCAUGUGUCCACGACCUGCAGGCUCACAGUAAAGAAAUCUACACCAUCAAAUGGAGUCCAACAGGUCCUGGAACCAACAACCCCAGCGCUAACCUCAUGCUAGCCAGCGCAUCGUUUGACUCCACGGUGCGUCUCUGGGAUGUGGAUCGAGGUAUCUGCAUCCACACUCUGACCAAACACCAGGAGCCGGUCUACAGUGUGGCUUUCAGCCCCGACGGCCGCCAUCUGGCCAGCGGCUCCUUUGACAAAUGUGUGCACAUCUGGAAUACGCAGACGGGAGCUUUAGUCCACAGUUACAGAGGGACGGGAGGAAUAUUCGAGGUUUGCUGGAACGCAGCAGGAGACAAAGUGGGAGCCAGCGCAUCAGACGGAUCUGUGUGUGUAUUAGAUCUUCGGAAAUAGAGCUGCUGUUUGUUGGAAGCCAUGGACCGACCAUGAAUGUGUACAUAGCCAAAUGACUGUCCCUGCGUGCCCUGCGUACUGCCCACGCUUACGACUAAGGCCCUGCCCACGACAAACAGGAAGCAGGAACAGGAAGUACCCGACACAGCAGGUCCAGACACGGGGAGGAACAGAAGGACGGACAGAUGGACAGAUGGAGGCGUCCCUCGCUGUCUGUGCAGACUCUCAGAGAGACUCAGGAGGGACGCAGCAGAAAAAAGACAAAAAACAAAAAAAAAGACAAAAAACAACAAAAAAAGAAAGAAAAAGUUACAGAUCCGUAUAUGUACCAAACUCUGGAAGCUGUUUUCAUCUUUUCCAUCUCUAACCAUCGCCAUGACAACGUAAAUCAAUAAAAACGUGUUGAUCUUCAUUCCAGUCAGCUCACAGCGCGUCCACACCUCCACGUCUCCAUGUCUCUACAUCUCCACGUCUCAAUGUCUUCAUGUUUCUCGUCUCUACGUCUCCACGUUUCUCGUCUCCACGUCUUCACGUUUCUCGUCUCUGUCUCCACGUUUCUCGUCUCCAUGUCUCCACGUCUUCACGUUUCUCGUCUCCGUCUCCACGUUUCUCAUCUCUUUCUCAACGUUUCUCGUCUCCAUGUCUCCACGUCUCCACGUCUUCACGUUUCUCAUUUUCAUGUCUCCACGUUUCUCGUCUCCAUGUCUCCACGUCUUCACAUUUCUCGUCUCUGUCUCCACGUUUCUCGUCUCCACGUCUCCACGUCUUCACGUUUCUUGUCUCUGUCUCCACGUUUCUCGUCUCCAUGUCUCCACGUCUUCACGUUUCUCAUUUUCAUGUCUCCAUGUCUCCACGUCUUCACGUUUCUCAUUUUCAUGUCUCCACGUCUCAAUGUUUCUCGUCUCCACGUCUUCAUGUUUCUCGCCUCCACGUCUCCCGUCUCCAUGUCUCCAUGUUUCUCGUCUCCACGUCUCAACGUUUCUCGUCUCCACGUUUCUCAUUUUCAUGUCUCCACGUCUUCAUGUCUCCGCCACCAAACAGGACGGCACUUAGUUUUUUUUAAAUUUCUGAUCUCCUUUAAUGUUUUUGUAUUUUUUAUCUUUGGGAGGAGGAGGGGGGAGUGGCUAGAUCACACACACACCAAACAUGUUCCAACACACACACCGGCACACACGCGCCAGACACCUCUGAACAACAGCAUCAUCAUGAUUUCCACCAUCUGUGUUAGAUUUCUGCCUGGAGCUGCUCAGACCAGAUCCAAACGAAUUCAGACCAGAUACGGACUAGAUCCAGACCGGAUUCAGAUCUGAUUUGGACUGGACUCAGAUCACAUGUGGUCUUCUCCAGAAACCCUCCUGAUCAAACAUCUGCAUCCGCACGGGCAAGUAAGACCGGGAGGAAUCAAAGGUCAGAACCUCAACCAGGUCCACUCAGAAACUGGACUUUUAGAAACCCAACAACAUGUGAGUCAGACCUAAAUCCAUUUGGGUUAAACUGAUCAGUCCACAACCCCAAACCUUAGUUCCCAGUUUCAAACCAGUCUAAGAUCUGAGAUGAAGCUUCCUGUCCGGGUUUUCCUCCCGUGUUCAUGCAGAUAUCAGGAUGUUCUGGAAGCCGUGAGGCAGCAAACACUCAGUAAGUUUUCUCCUCACGUGCAUAAUAUGCUGGGACCGAGCUGCAUCUUCAUCAUCUUCAUCAGUUCUGGGCUCUUUGUCACCAAAGUUCAGUUUGUUUUAUGUGUUUCAGCAACACAUUUUAUACAAAUUUAAAAUUACAUUUUUGUAAUUUCUUUGUAGAUCAAGGAGCUGCUGAUUUCUGGGCCGUGUUAUGACGUGGGAAAAUUUUGUUGUGCUACUUCCAUGCGGAGAGGUUGACCCGGCAACAGAAAGCUUCCUGUCCCAGGAGAAAAUCCCCACUAAAUUUCCCUGUUUUUAUCUGAUUCUUCAGGAAGUUUUGACCAGAUGUCUCCUGAAACUUUGGGAUUCCUGCAGAUGUUUAGUAGUGGGAGCUGCUCUGGAGGCAGAUCCGGUGUCUCAGGUUCAGGAUUGAGUCAUACAUGUUCGGGAAUGUUGCAGCAUGUCACAGUGACAAGGUGAGAUCUCCAUCAGCUUCCUUCAUUUGGAUUUGAAGCAUGUCCAGUUUUCGAGGAAAACCUCAGACCCGUGCCCUGCUCAGAUGAAGCUCAGAAACCGGUCAGAGGUGUAACUGAACCCGAACAGAAGCUGCCUCCAUGAGCGCCUCCCCCUACACAAACAUCUGUAAUGAACCUUCUCCCUCCCCGGUAAUCAAUUGGGCAUUGCUCAAACUGGACUGGUAAGACUUCGGCUGUGUUGAUAGUGGGGUUGGGUCUGGUUACUGAUGGUUGCUGAGUCAGCCUUUAUCUGCACCGUCAUGUGUCACUGCGCUAGGGCUCUCCAAGCCGUUCUGGUUCUUUUCUUUUGUCUGCAGCUUGCAUCACAUCCAUGUCAUCAGAUCAGUGAAACUUAAAGUCCAGAAUAAAAUAUAUUUUGAUAAGA